AUGGGAUCGGUCGGUAAUUCUAUCGUGUCGAUGAUGACACCCGACAACCUCACACCGGUCCUUCUCACAAACGAGCAACCAGCUGCGGCCAGCCCCAAACUCUCACCACUUGACGAGGAUUUUGCGAAGUUGGUGCAGAGCACUCUAGACAAAUGGCAUAUCGAAGGAGUGGCCGUUGCGGUCGUGGACGGGGACGACACAUGGUCCGAGGGAUAUGGAAUUGCUGCUUUGCCCAAUACUCCAGUUCGGCCGUCGACACUGUUCUAUACCGGGAGCACCACCAAGACUUUCACUGCCGCAGCUGCGUCGUUACUGGUCGACGACGACCAAAACUAUCCUCACAUCAAAUGGACCACGCCUCUCAAUCAGAUCAUUCGUGAAGAUUUCGUCCUUGAAGAUGAGUAUGCGACGUCCCAUGUUACUUUGGAAGACGCGCUCUCGCAUCGGACCGGUCUACCUGGACAUGUUUUGACAUUGGGCGCUCCGGGCACCCUACAGGACGUGGCGCGGGGGCUUCGCCACUUGAAGAUGAACAAGGAGAUCAGAACGAAGUGGCAAUACCAGAACGCCAUGUUUGUGACGUUGUCAUACAUGAUCGAGACCGUCACCGGAGAGUGGCUGGGAGAUUUCUUCCGCAAACGCCUCUGGGAACCCUUGGGCAUGAACUCAACCUUCCUUUCGCUCGAGGAUGCCCAGCGAUAUGUCGGAUCGGAUGAGAAUGACAUCGUACUGGCCAAGCCCUAUGACUGGGACGAGGCGACCUCCACGUCCAAGGAGAUUCCUUACAUGGAAGGCGCUGUGAGUGGUGCUGGGAUGGCCAUCUCCAACGUCCUGGAUUACGCAAAGUAUAUCCGUUCCAUGAUCCGCAAAUCCGGCCCGUUGUCCCAGGAAGGCUACGCCGCUCUCCUCGAACCACGCUCAAUCGUACAGCCCUCGGUGUUUCCGCAGUUCAAAACACUUCUAUAUUCGCUCGGGUGGUUCGUGGCGUCGUACCAUGGCGAAACCAUCAUCUUCCACCCGGGAGGCUUGGACGGCUUCACAAGCACGAUGAUAUAUCUUCCUGAUCGCGACUGGGGCGUUGUCGUCUUCUGCAACCGGGCGGGUCCAGGCCGUGAGACACUGGCAUGGCAUCUGAUCGAUGAGCUCCUCAACGUCCCGAAAGCAGAGCGGGUGGAUCUCUGGGAUUUAACAGAAAAGUCUCUCGCAGCAGCUCGAGAGCAACGUGCCACAGCUGUACAACGACUCUAUCCAGGUGCCCCUUCGCCUGGCCUUCCCACUGCCCUCCCCCUGGCUGAGUAUGCUGGCCAAUACAAGCACCCAACCUAUCCUGCGCUCAGCAUCGCGCUGACACCGGACGACGAGCCUCAGCUCGAAGUCACUGUUACAGGAACGAUGCAUGCCAAAUUGAACCUGAAGCACGCGUCUGGGGACUAUUUCAUUGCCGAAGUGCUCAUGUACCUUCACAGUGUAGAGCCGACAGCAUGCAUCACGGCCGAGUUUCAGAUCAAUGCGCAGGGAAAGGUGGCGAGAUUUGGUACUGCUCUGGAUUUUCAGGAUAUGCCAGAAACAACGAUCUGGUUUGAUCGCUCUGAUUAA